AUGUCCGACAGCCCGGGAGGUACGCUUGUGCCGCCCUGGUACAAGCCCAACCCUCCGAAUCGAGAUGAGGAGAACAUCGCGAGCAUCUUUUGGGGCUUCACGCUAGGACUGGGUGUCUGGACCGGUACCAAGGCGAUCCAGCAGACCAUGGCGACGCUGAACAAGAUACACCGAGUUAACGCCUACAUUGCGCUGAUAUGGGCCGAGUGGAUUUCCUGCAUGAUCAUCGGCAUCAUCUCUUGGAUCUUCCUUCGAGGAUGGUUCGGACCCAGCUUUGAGUUCUUCUUCUUCGUCCUCGUCUUUUGGUCGAUCCAGGUUCAGUGCCUCAUGCAAAUCAUCAUAAAUCGCAUCGCCCUCCUCAUGCACGUUCCAGCUCACGCAACUCGUCUCAAAUGGGGUGUGUUCCUCGUGCUGCUGGCCAUCAAUAUCAGCGUCUUUUGCGUUUGGAUCCCUGCACGCCUGCAGAUCAGCGAGGGCAUCAUUCAUGCCAAUAACAUCUGGGACCGCAUCGAGAAGGGCAUCUUCCUCGUCAUUGAUUUAGGGCUCAACCUCGCAUUCAUCUAUCUUGUCAGGUCGCGACUGAUCGCGUCCGGACUGACCAAGUACACCGUGCUGUUUCGUUUCAACCUGGCCAUGAUCUGCAUCUCCAUGUCUCUCGAUAUCAUGAUCAUCGGGCUCAUGUCUUUGCCGAAUACCUUCAUGUGGGUAAAUUAUUUGUAUGCUUGCGCCCUCUGGUGCUAA